CCCAAACAAAGGCGGGUCUUUCUCACGAUUUUCUUUCCCCCAAUUUCCCUCUCCAGGGUUUUCAAAUUAGGGUUUUUCACCAAAAACCUUUCUAAUACCAAGAAUACAACAAAAUCACAAUCAAAGACACAAACUUUGACAUCAAAAUAAAAAACCCAGAUGGCAUUUUCUUUUUCAACUCCACCACAGCAAACCCCAUCUCUGUUUCAGCCUCAGCCUCAGCCUUUUCAACAAAGCAGCCCUCUUUUUCCACAGCAGCAGCAACAACAACAGCCACAGCAGCAGUUUCAGCAACAGCAGCAGUUUCAGCAACAGCAGCAGCAGUUUCAGCAACAGCAGCAACAACAACAAUUUCAACAGCAUCAACAGCAGCAAUUGUAUCUUUUUACUAAUGACAAGGCUCCUGCAAGUUAUAGUACUAAAUGGGAAGAUCUUCACCCAGAUUCCCAGAAAACUUUGCUUCAGAUUGAGGAACGAAUAUUGGAGUAUAGGGAUGAGAGUAAGAGGCUAGAUCAGUGCAAUCGCCUUUAUGACUCUUCAGUUUCCAAUGAAGGAUUUGAGCUUGAUGCGAGCCAAAUUAUUCAGGAACUUGGGGGAAUCAGUACUUCCAUGGAGAGACAGAAAGCUCUUUUACAAGAACUUAUGACUAAUGUUAAAGACAUGUUACGGAACACAGAGAUGGCUGUUCGUUCUUUCAUGAUCCUACAUCCUAGAUUCCUUCAUUCUAAUGCAGGAGUUGGUGCUUCAAAUGCCACAGCACCAUCCCAGUCUCCUGGAACAACAGGAAUACCUGGUUCCACUAGUCAGCCAACAUCUUCCUCUAUAGUUCCAGUGUUUGAUUUUUACAGUGGCCUUCCGAAGAAACCAUCCCCAUUUUUACAGCAGACAGUUGCUAGGUUUGAAAAGUAUUUGGGUGAAUGCAGCCAGUGGAUUGAAGAAUUAGAGCAGCUGCUCCUCUUAGAUUCUGAGAGGAACUCUUCCCACCCUGGAUCCUCAUUAUUGCAGUCUCUGCCAAAAGUCAUGUCAAAUGUGCAUGAUUUUUUUGUUCACGUGGCUGCUAAGGUGGAGAGCAUUCAUCAGUACAUCGAAUCCAUGAAAACAGCCUAUCUUGUUGACCAGCGUCGUCGAGGGGAUGGGAAUGAUCCAUUCCUUGAGGCUGAUCGACGUGAAAGAGCAAGAAAAGAAGCUGCUGCUAAAAGGGCACAUCCAACUUUGCAUUUGCCUGCAAAUUCACAGCCUUCCACACAAGGUGCUGGUUUGUUUGCAAGCUCAGCAACUUCUUCAGCAUCAACUACUCCCCAGACAUCUACAGCAACAGCACCAGCGCCAGCAUCUUCAGGAAAUGCUCUCUCUCUUUUUAACACACCUUCUGUGCCGUCUUCCUCCAUGUCAUCUUCUUUGUUCGCAACACCGACAACCUCUGCUCCAGCAUCCAAUUUGUUUGGGUCAGCUGCAACUCCCUCUUUAUUUGGCAGUGCUGCUCAAGCUUUUGGCGCUUCUUCAUCAGCACCAGCUCUUGGCUCUGCUUCAACUCCCUCUUUGUUUGGCAGUACCGCUCCAGCUUUCGGUACUAUUUCUGCUGGAGGUUCGCUAUUUUCAAUACCACUUUCAGGUACGGGGGCAGGAUCUGGCGCUAGCUUUGGACCUACAUCUAAACCAUCAAGACCAAAAUAUCGAUCUGUCCGUCGCUAAUCUCCAUGGCAUUGGAUGAUGAAAUCUGAUGUCAACUUGUAUGCUGGCUGCCCUGAUGAUUGCCUGAAUUUAACGAGGAUCCUUAAAUUUCAUUUUAAGAACAUGUUUCACUGCUCUAUAUGUUGUCUUUCUCCUGGCUUUUGCUCAGGAGUAUUACAAAUCACCAACUUAUUGAGUCUUAGAAAUUUCUUUUCUUUUCGUAUGUGCAUGGGAGGCAGCAUCCAUUAUCCGUUCUAUUCGUGUAUGUCAUUAAUCCUGCACAAGAUGCUGCACCAUUUUCCUGUAACAUUGUAUAAAUUUUAGGUAGAAUGUAAUUGGAUUUAUCACUGUGAAAAAAUGGCGGUUACAUGUGAGGCAUCAUUCAAACAUGUCAAAUAAACUCCUUUUUUAGCUGUCAUAUCUAUGUUGUCAAAACAAGACGCUGGUUUUGUGUGCCAACAAGCUUGAUGCGCAUUUACUGGUAGUGGUAUUCACCUGAUUUGUUUA